UGCCUCUCGUGUGCCUCUUUCUCUUCCUUCCCUCCAGCCAAGCCCACUGUCACCAUCUCCCCCACCAAGUUGGACCCCGCUUCCCCCAACACCAUCCUCCUCUGCACCGCCAGGGGCUUUUACCCCCUGGAGAUUGAGAUCCAGUGGCUGAAGAACGGGAAGCUGGAGGAGGAGGGCGUGGCCUUCGGGGAGGAGCUCCAGAACGGAGACUGGACCUACCAGCUCCAGGUGAUGCUGGAGACCCAGCCCCAGUGGGGGGACAUCUACACUUGCCAGGUGGGGCACGUCAGCCUGGAGGCCCCCAUCACUGUCCAGUGGGAGCCCCGUUCCUCCAGCUCUGCCAGGAGCAAAAUCUGGACAGGGAUCAUGGGGGCUGUGAUUGGAGCGGUCUUCCUGGCUGUGGGGCUCUUCUCCUACCUGAACAGCAAGAAAGGUGAGUCUGGGGGUCUGGAGGAGAGGUUGUGGGGAGGGGACCAUCUAGGGGAGGCCUGUCAUCGAGCUCAGCAGGUGGCCAAGAGGGUCUCCUUGAGGAAUAGUUUUGGGAACUUCU